AAAGGUUAUGUUAUAUAUUAAAUUGUUUUUUAUUUUGUAUGUGUAGUAAAAAAUAAGUGAGAUUUCAUAUUUAUAUUUAUGUGUAUAUAAUGUGAUCACUUCUAUAGAUGAAAGUAAUUUGAAGUGUAAAAUGUUUCAUAUACGUCAAUAUACUCUUCGGAGUUCUAUUAAAUUUUAUCAAAAUUUAUUACAAAAAUGGAUACAUAAUUCCAAUGAACAUCCAUCAGCUGGCCUAAUUAUCAUUGGAAAUGAAAUACUGAAAGCACGGGUAAAGGACACUAAUUCUCAUUAUGCUUGUAGUUUAUUAUAUAAAUGUGGCGUUAAGGUAGAAAAAAUAUCAGUUAUAAGCGAUGAUGUAGAAGAAAUAAAAGAAGAAAUCAAGAAGUUCUCUGAAAAAUAUAAUCAUGUUAUUACAUCGGGUGGUAUUGGACCAACUCAUGACGAUGUUACAUAUGAGGGACUUGCUAAAGCUUUUGAUGACUCCUUACACUAUCAUCCGGAACUUGUUGAAAUUAUAAAAAACCAAUUUGAUGUAAUAAGUCCAACAUCACCUAAUUACAAAAUGGCUUAUAUACCAACAAAAGCAUCUUUAAUAUUUGGGAAAAGAAAAAGCGUGAGAUAUCCAUGCAUUAUGUUAAAAAAUGUGUAUAUAUUCCCUGGGUCGCCAAUAUUCUUUGAAAAAUCUUUUGGAAUAUUGCACAAGGAAUUAUUUUCAUCAAAUAGGUACUUUGCAAAGGAUGAAAUAUAUUUGAAUGCGAAAGAGGAAUUAUUUGCAGAUGCCUUAACACUUGUUUCUAAAGAAUUUCCAAAUGUUUCAUUUGGUUCCUAUCCUGUAAGCAAUAAUAGCUACUACAAAGCAUUUAUUACCAUAGAAAGUGACAGUAUUGAACAAACGAAAAAAGCAAAACAACAACUUUGCAAUCUUAUUGAACCAGAUAUUUUGGUGGAAUACGAUAAUAAUUCACAUAUUGAUAGUCUUACAAAAUAUAAAAACUUUCUUGAGAAAUGUCAACGAUCGUUUAUUUAUGAAGAGACCUUGGAAAAAUUAAUAAAAACUUAUCAACAUCAAUCUGAGAAAAUAGCAAUUAUUUUUAAUAGUAAUAUAGAAACACAGAUAGUCAUACAUUUUGUUCAUUUGGCUCACAUAGUAUUACGCGUGCACGAUAAAUUACAAAUUCUUUGUUUCAAAUUGUCCGAACUUUCUAAAAACGACGAACAAUUAAUCGAAGAUAUUAUGAAAAGAUAUAACGUAAAUAUUUGCAUUUUAGAAAGUGAUCUUUUGCAUGCUAUGAAGAAAUUAAGGUCAGUAAAACCGCAAUUAGAAAUCUUAUUAGUCGGAACGGAGGAAAAGAAAUUUAGUGAAGCAUUGGAAUGUCAAUCAAGAAAUGAGGAGGCUAUUGGGCAAUUAGAAAUAACAAAUCCUUUACAUAAAUGGACACAAGAAGAUGUACGGAUCUUUGCUAGAUUUCUAUCAUUGCCCUUAACAUGAUCUCAUGAACUUUCCAAGAUGAAAGAAGAAACGUGUUUUACUGAAACAUCUUUAUACAUAUUUUUGCAGUCUUGUAUAUAAACUCGUAAAAUAUGAAAAUAUUUCGUUAAAGUGAAAGUAAUACAAAUAACAGAAAGCAGGUAUGCUAAUAAAUAAUAAUGAUAUCU